AUGGCUACCAGGAAAAAGGCGCUUCUGAAGGUAAUCGUGCUCGGUGAUAGCAGCGUCGGAAAGACGUCCCUGAUGAAUCAGUACGUGAACAAGCGUUUCUCGAACCAGUACAAGGCCACGAUCGGGGCCGAUUUCCUCACGAAGGAAGUGGUGAUCGAUGAGCGAGUUGUAACGAUGCAGAUCUGGGAUACGGCUGGUCAGGAGCGGUUCCAAUCGCUCGGUGUUGCGUUCUACCGUGGGGCGGAUUGUUGCGUGCUGGUGUACGAUACGACCGCACCAAACACAUUCAAAAAUCUCGAAUCCUGGAGAGAUGAGUUCUUAAUUCAAGCUAGCCCCCGUGAUCCGGACCAUUUUCCGUUCGUUGUGCUGGGAAAUAAAAUUGAUUUGGAAAAUCGAGCAGUAUCUACGAAACGUGCUCAACAGUGGUGCCAGACGAAGAACGAUAUACCAUAUUUUGAAACAUCCGCCAAGGAGGGCAUUAACGUUGAUCUAGCUUUCCAAACCAUUGCCAAAAAUGCAAUAGCCCAAGAAACAGAGGCUGAUCUUUACAACGAUUUCCCCGACCAGAUCAAGCUGAACACACGCGACAGCCGGCCACGAAGCGGAGACAACUGUUCGUGCUAA